ACUCGGUCCUCCCUGGAGUCUGCGCCCGGUGACUCCGGCGGGUGAUGGCGAUGUCCGGCCGGUCCAAGCGGGAGUCUCGCGGUUCCACCCGCGGGAAGCGCGAAUCCGAGUCGCGGAGCAGCUCGGCUCGCGUCAAACGGGAGCGAGAUCGAGAGCGGGAGACGGAGGCCCCGAGCUUCCGGGGCAGCCCGGUGCGUGUGAAGCGAGAGGUCGAGCCGGCGAGUGUGCGCGAGGCCCCGGCGCCCGUGGUCCCGGCGGUGCGGGUGAAGCGGGAGCGCGAGGCCGACGAGGACUCGGAGCCUGAGCGGGAGGUGCGAGCAAAGAAUGGCCGCGUGGAUUCCGAGGACCGGAGGAGCCGCCACUGCCCCUACCUGGAUACCAUUAACAGGAGUGUGCUGGACUUUGACUUUGAGAAACUGUGUUCCAUCUCCCUCUCGCAUAUCAAUGCGUAUGCCUGUCUGGUGUGUGGCAAGUACUUUCAGGGCCGGGGUUUGAAGUCUCAUGCCUACAUUCACAGUGUUCAGUUUAGUCACCAUGUCUUCCUCAACCUCCACACCCUCAAGUUUUACUGCCUCCCAGACAACUAUGAGAUCAUUGAUUCCUCGCUGGAGGAUAUCACGUAUGUGUUGAAGCCCACUUUCACGAAGCAGCAGAUCGCAAACCUGGACAAGCAAGCCAAGCUGUCCCGCGCGUAUGAUGGCACCACUUACCUGCCAGGUAUCGUGGGCCUGAAUAACAUAAAGGCCAACGACUAUGCCAACGCUGUCCUUCAGGCUCUUUCUAACGUACCUCCUCUCCGGAACUACUUCCUGGAAGAAGACAAUUAUAAGAACAUCAAGCGUCCUCCUGGGGAUAUCAUGUUCUUGUUGGUCCAGCGUUUCGGAGAGCUGAUGAGAAAGCUCUGGAACCCUCGAAAUUUCAAGGCGCAUGUCUCUCCCCAUGAGAUGCUUCAGGCUGUUGUCCUUUGUAGCAAGAAGACUUUUCAGAUCACCAAGCAAGGGGAUGGAGUUGACUUUCUGUCCUGGUUUUUGAAUGCUCUACACUCAGCUCUGGGGGGCACAAAGAAGAAAAAAAAGACUAUUGUGACGGAUGUUUUCCAGGGCUCCAUGAGGAUCUUCACUAAAAAGCUUCCUCAUCCUGAUUUGCCAGCAGAAGAAAAAGAGCAGCUGCUCCAUAAUGACGAGUACCAAGAGACGAUGGUGGAGUCCACGUUUAUGUACCUGACGCUGGACCUUCCUACCGCCCCCCUCUACAAGGACGAGAAGGAGCAGCUCAUUAUCCCCCAGGUGCCACUCUUCAACAUCCUGGCCAAGUUCAACGGCAUCACUGAGAAGGAAUAUAAGACUUACAAAGAGAAUUUUCUGAAGCGCUUCCAGCUCACCAAGCUGCCUCCGUAUCUAAUCUUUUGUAUUAAGAGAUUCACUAAGAACAAUUUCUUUGUGGAGAAGAAUCCAACUAUUGUCAACUUCCCUAUUACAAAUGUGGAUCUGAGAGAGUACCUGUCUGAAGAAGUACAGGCAGUGCACAAGAAUACCACCUACGACCUCAUCGCCAACAUCGUACACGACGGCAAGCCCUCGGAGGGCUCCUACCGGAUCCACGUGCUUCAUCACGGGACAGGCAAGUGGUAUGAAUUACAGGACCUCCAGGUGACUGACAUCCUUCCCCAGAUGAUCACACUGUCGGAGGCUUACAUCCAGAUUUGGAAGAGGCGAGAUAAUGAUGAAACCAACCAGCAGGGGGCUUGAAGGAGGCAUCCAGAGCUUUGCUCCCAAGGGCUUUGGCUGAAGACGUCAAUAAGAACUCUGAGCGCAGGCUGACGGCACAGCUCCUGAGCCAGCCCAGGCUUUAUGUGUUCUGGUUCACGCCAGAGCAUCAGGGGUCCGUCCGCCUAGGAUGGCUGUGUGCUGUCCCUCAGCUGGCUUUUGAUCAAUUUAUGGUAGAUGGCUGCCCCUUCCUCCUUCCUGUCCAGCUCCCUCCCAGCAGGCCAGAACUCUCUUACAGAUGUUUGUGAUUUAUUUUUGAAUAACUGGGAGUUAGCCGAAGGACGGGAUCGUUUUCUUCUAAGCGUCAAAGCCUCAGGAUCAUAGGAAUUAGAGCUUGAAGCCAGUGACACCCUUUUCCCAUCAUAGGUAGAUAGUUUUCCUGUGGUUCUCUUCAUUUCUUGAUGUGUGUUUUGGGAUGGAUUAAACGUUUUCCUGUUUUUAAA